GCGGGCUUCGCGACGAGGGUUAAGAACAUAGUGAAAUAUAAUCAAAAUAGGUGAACGAGUGGUGGGAGAAAGUGGGCAAACUGAUUCCUAUAUAAUGGCACCGUUGCCUCCCUCAAAUAGUAUUACCGGUAAAGACAUCCAGUAAACAUGACUUCCAAGCUCAUCGCUUUCGCCACCCUCGUGGCUGCCGCCUCCGCUGGAGUGCUCGCCCCAGCGCCCCUCGCGUACCACGGUGCCCCGGCUUACGCCCACGCCGCCCCCGCUUACGGGUACGCCGCCCCCGUGGCAAAGGCCGUCGUGAAGACCGUCGACGCCGACUACGACCCCAACCCCCAGUACAGCUACUCUUACGACGUCCACGACAGCCUGACCGGAGACGCCAAGAGCCAGCAGGAGACCCGCAACGGUGACGUCGUCGAGGGCAGCUACUCGCUCGUCGAGGCCGACGGCAGCCGUCGCGUCGUCCACUACACCGCCGACCCCCACAACGGAUUCAACGCCGUCGUUGAAAAGGAACCCGCCAGCCACGGACCCGUCGUCGCCAAGUACGCCGCCGCCCCCGUCGUCGCCAAGUACGCCGCUGCCCCCGUCGUCGCCAAGUACGCCGCUGCCCCCCUCCACUACGCCGCCCCCGUCCAACACGGAUACUACCACUAAGUUUUAUUAGUGUGGAUUGUACCUAUGUUUGGUGUCCAUGUACAUAAUCCCUCUGUAUAAAUAAAAAAAUCUUGUACCACAAA